GCAAAGGAGCGGGCAGGCGUCGCGCUCCGGGGAGUAGCAGUGGCUGCGCGCGCUCAGUGUGAGUGAGGAGUCGUCCCGCAGCGCGCGACGAUGCUCGCGCCAGCAGCUGCAACAUGAUGGAAAGCGCCGGCAGCCUGGGCCGGCCGCGCACGGCGGCUGCGGCGGCCGCCGCAGCCGCCGCGGCUGCCGCGCGGCUCGACCCUUUCGACCAGGACCUGGGGGCGGCCGAAGCGCCGCACUUCCAGAACGGAUUCGCCAUGCACCCGCACCACCCGCACGCGGCGGCCGCCGCCGCGGGAUACACGGCCGCCGUGGCCAGGGACUUUCUGUUGCGCGGCGCCACCGACCUGGCGCCGCCGCCCCCGCACCACCACCACCACCACGCGGCGACCGCCGCCGACGGCAUGUUCGUGCACCACCAUCACCACCACGCCGCGGCGCAGGACCUGUACACCUCGCGGCUGCCGCUGACCGCGGCCGACGUGUACCGCGGCGACGCGUUCCAGACGCGGCCCGAACCCGUGUACGCGACGUCGAUGGGCGGCCACCCGCACGGAGCCUUCUUCCGCUACAUGCGGCAGCCGGUCAAGCAGGAGCUGACCUGCAUGUGGGUGGAGCCGCCCGCCAUCCACCACCACCCGCACCAUCCGCACCACCCGCACGCGCAGCUGAGUAGCAGCAGCCCGCGAAAGCCGUGCGGCAAGAGCUUCUCGUCCAUGCACGAAAUCGUGACGCAUCUGACGGUGGAGCACGUGGGGGGACCCGAGUGCACCAACCACGCGUGCUUCUGGCAGGACUGCGCGCGCAACGGCCGCCCCUUCAAGGCCAAGUACAAGCUGGUCAACCACAUCCGCGUGCACACCGGCGAGAAGCCGUUCCCGUGCCCGUUUCCCGGCUGCGGGAAGGUGUUCGCGCGAUCCGAGAACCUCAAGAUCCACAAGCGAACGCACACAGGCGAGAAGCCGUUCAAGUGCGAGUUCGAAGGCUGCGACCGGCGGUUCGCCAACUCGUCGGACCGCAAGAAGCACUCGCACGUGCACACCUCGGACAAGCCGUACAACUGCAAGAUCCGCGGCUGCGACAAGAGCUACACGCACCCGAGCUCGCUGCGCAAGCACAUGAAGGUGCACGGCAAGUCGCCGCCCCCGUCGCCCUCCUCGUCGUCCGCGUCGGGCUACGAGAGCGACCCGGGGGCGGCCGGCAUCACCGCAGCGAGCCUCGGCACCGUGACGGGCUCUUGCAACGCCGCGAAUCCCGCCGUCGGCGCGCUGGCCGGGACGCCGCUGCAGCCGCUCGGGCUGUCCGCGGCCUCCCACCAGCUGGCAGCGCCGGCAUCGACGGCGCUGAACGAGUGGUACGUGUGCCAGACGGGCGGCAUGCCCACGCCGCCCAGCAACGAGCACUCGCCGCUGGGCGGGCCACACACACACCACCUGGCGCCCCCGCCGUACUGACCCCGGCUGACGGGGGCUACAGGCUUCUGAGGACCCCCACCACGACCUGCGUGGAACCCUUCGGCAACACCCGCACGCCGCCGCCACGAGACGCGGCGGCGAGCAACCGCCGCGGCGUUCACACCGGCCGCUACGUCUGCCGCAGCGCCGCCGCGCGGAGAGCGCCACCGCCGCGGCUGAAACCGCGUCCUCUCGCGGCCCAAUGGCCGUGCUACCAUCGGGCACGCGCGCUGAGAACGUCCGCUUUUGAACCAGCGCUCACUCGGAAGGCAGGGCACAAGGCGUCGAGGAAGAAAAGCGGUUCCUUCCCUCGGCCUCCGUCUCGUGUUUGUCUGCUCCAGUGUAAAACGAACUCCGUAGUCAUGACCUCCGCGGGGAGCGAGGCGAUGCCUGGUGAAAACAGAGACGUGCCAGCGAGCGCGGUCAAUCUAUAGCGCGACAAGGCGGCCCAGCGAGAGAACGGAAACGUUGUACGUGCCGUUGUAGCGCCGCCGCUACUGCGCCACUCGGACAAUGCCUUCCGCAGAGUGCUUGUCAGUGGCGACUGCCACGUCGCUGCGACGCGUGUAAGGUAGCGGUGGCGCGACAACAUCGUGCCAAGAGUACCGCAGGUCCACGGCCGAAUAUCGGGCACCACUGUGUACGGCGUGCAGCAUUUGCGCGGUGUGGCUGUGCGCGCGCAAACGCGCAGGAGAUGCUCAGGGGCAGCGCGCACUUGCCGCGCACUGCAUAUACGAGAACCGGAUUCCCGACCUGCUGUGACUCUAAUUUCUGGUGACUCGCUGGGCGCCGAACGCGAUACUCUGUCUGCUUAUCCUUCUCUUAAUUUCAUUUUCCCGGCCCAUUUCACGACAAAGCGUUCCGUUGGCUUGCCACUUCUCUAGCUGCGUCCAAAAUGCGUGUAAAUUCACAUCACGUCACAUAAAUACGGUUUCCAUGGCCCAUCUUCACGUUCUCACGUAUACAUUGCCGUUUGGCACUAUUCUUUUUCGUCCGGUUUCGCGGUCUCCAAAACCGUUGCAAAACGUUUGCUACCUUCUUCGACUUGAAUUCUGUGCAGGAAAUACGUCAUUUGGACUAAGAGCUAUUAUGACAUCAAAAGCGUCCUGAAUUAUCUCAAAGCGCCCACGCCCACGGUUGCGAAGUGCAUUCCAAAAAAAUACACAGAACACUGCGAACUGCAUUAGUGCGGUGUGUUCAAUGUACAUUGCCAUUGUGAGAUCAGAAGGUAUUUAUGUACGAAAAAGAAAUAUUAUUGUUAAAUGUUAAAAUUUUGGACGCAGCAAGAAGUGCGCAGAACACUUGCUGCUAACACCACUAACGCUGGAGGCCUGCCGCUGAAAAGACACUUGUACCGUUCGUGUGUGUGUGUUAUCAUUAUUAUUAUUUUUAGGCUCUUGAGCACACAUGAGAACUGUACAGCUGUUCGUGUGUGUAUGUGUGUGUGGCAUUCUUUCUUGUUGUUUUCUCUGCCUUGCAUAAAUUGACAGAAAUUAGCAUGUAUGAAUGAAAGCAGAAACGCUUGUGUUCUUUUUUGCUUGUGAUAGGAAUGAUUUUCUCCUACUGUGUAUUACCAUGCCGCUUCUGACAUUUGUAUUUAGCCGGAUCGGCGAUCUCAGGGCGAUCAUAGCAUGUGUCUGCCUACUUCCGUGCGAAAGAAAGAAAAAAAGAAAAAGUAGAAACAUAAGGACACGAUCGGAAAGGACAUACGUGGCCCCGUCCACAACACUAGAAACAAUGGCGUGACCUUCAGCGGGUUAGACAACUAAAGUACGUCUGUGUAUGCAAAUGCGGCGUUCGUUUCACGAAGAUGAAGUAGUCUCCAUUUAGUUACUCGAAGAGAUACCAUCUUUCUUAAGCCAUUCGAACCAAAAACAGCAGAGCGCAAAAAGGAAAAGAAAGAAUGUAAUACAUCAACACAAGGAAACCGCCAAAGGAGACCCGUGUAUUCUGUCUCGGAGAACAAAAAUUGCUGAACUGGCAAGAAAAGCAUCUGUGGUUUCAACCUGUCAAACAACUUGCUAGGUUCAUAAGAUUGCUUGAUUUUCUACUUAUAAGACAGGCGACUUGCUUAUAUCUUGCAAUUUUUGAACAAAAUAAAUACAUGUUUACGCGCAUGUAAAAGACAUGCUAAAGAAUGAGAUCUGUCAGCCUGGAUGCUUAGACAAUGAGACUUAGCACAUACCACUUGCAUCUGUCUCCUCAGGAGUCUCUCGUAUUUGAAUUCAUCCCUGAGGAGUCGGCGUUAUUAUUUUCCUUUUUUUGGUCAUGUGACAUUGUAACGAUGUAGGAAGCAGAAGCGGCUCUCUUAUUUAAUUUCGCGUUCGUGCGGAAUCAAUCAACGAAUAAUCAAGUAAUAAAUAAAUAAGAUAGGCAAAGCACUCAAUAAGUAAGCAAACGAUGACAAAGAUCGCUAAAAUUAAAGCAAGGCGCAACCUAAGACGAGACGGUUAAAACGCGUAGUUCUUGCAAACUACUUAUCGGUAUAGCCAUUAUCAUCCAUUAUCGUUGUCUGUGCGCUCGGACAGGUAUCUUCUUCCUACGCGAAAGGAAGGUAUUGGGCGCGGGCAAGUUGACGCGUAAUCACAGGCAGUGUUGAAAGGAGACUGGAGCUGAACAAUAAAUCAGGUUAAACCGCUUUACAAAACUUUUCUCGAUCUUCCCUCACAGAAAUUUAUUUGUCAGUGUAUACAAGGUAUGCGGACUGAUUUCAUACAAUCUGUGGGCCUGUCCUUAUUCGUUCCACUAACCUUAGUCUAUCAGUAUGUCUAUAAUUAAGCUGCAGACAAAAUAAACAUCAUACGAGGUAAAGCAACUUAUGUCUAUACAGCCAGUAUACAUACCUCCAAGUGCUUUCUUAGGCAGUAACUAAGGCAAUCUUAGUGUGAAAAUUUGCAACUGAAUGCCAAAAUUUUCUCCUCGAACUUUUAUUAGCGUUCAUACUACGGCAGCCACAACGUCAUUGCGCGACAGCACAGGCUUGGCGACUCGAGACCGUUCCUUCUGAGCUUUCUGAGAAUGACGCUGACGCAGUCUGUGACGUCAUAGGGACGUGCUUUCAGAAUUCGAAUGGGGAUUCACCACCGGCCUUUCGCUUUCUCGACGUCUCCUCGCGUGACGAGCGUCUGCUCUCAGCAACAGAGAACUAUUCGCUGUAUCAGUAUUGUGGCGCCUGUAUAACUGGGCGUCAUGUGUUUAACCUUUUGUGCCCUUCUAAGCGGCAUUCACUACCUCAGAUCGCAUGGAGCAAAGGUCGCGGGCGCGACUGUGCUUACGCGAUUUCAUGGUGCGGCGAAUAAGUAUUGACACCGCAUGUCUCGCGGCGUCAUCCGAGAGCUUGGUCGCUUCGCAAGGUUGCAAAAUGCGGGACGUCUUUGUGUGGCGGGCGGCGUCACUCGCGUGUCUACGAUUGGCAGCAGCGAGCGUGACGUCACACAUCAGGCGCGAGAGUCGAUGAUCCCAGUGUUCCAUUUCGACGGUGGAUGUGUAUACUUACAGUGACACGUAUAGCAGCGCGAAGUACCGCUCUUUCCUCGCAACGCUCCUCAAGUCAAGGCCAGGGCGUGCGGUAUUCUGCUCGCUCCAGUGAACCUCGUUUUGAUUAUGUGUGAUCGCGCUGAACAUGAAAACGAAAAAAAGAAAAAAAGACAUCGUCACCAUGCCCACUCAUCUUCUCCGACGGACAGAGAACUGUCACUCGUCUUCCAAGAGCCAAUGAUGAUCUUGCGGCUAUGUCGCCACCAAACUAUUACUGCAUGCAGUGUUUCUCACAGCUUGCCGAAAUUUCGCAAAACAAUAUCCUGCGAAAAUGUGCACAAGUGUCUAAUUUGCUUGAGUACCACUCUUGCUUAUCUACUUCCGUUUCAAAGAAACCAAAAUGGGCUGAGACGUCGUCUCACAAUCGCAAAUGUUUAGAUGGCCGACGCGUGGUUCACUAGAAAUACCCAUAUUUGGAACCCAUAAAUCCGUACAGUUCUAACCUUUGUACUAUUUAUUCAUAUUGUUUCAUUAUGGUUUGACAGAAAAAGAAUUUCUUUUUCAACGUUCUCACAUUGUGCUGUUCAGUGCAUUGACGGGCAACGAAAGCGGUUUUCAGGCGUACAAAUUUGAAAGUAGAAAAAAAAUGCAAAUGAUGAAACGGGCGCCUAAAGCGUUUGAUCUCAGGCCAGCGAAAGAAAGAGAGAGAGAGAGAGAGAAAGAAAAAGGCAAGUUCAUUAUCUGCUUAUCUGCAGAAAACCGAUAAGAAUAGAAACAAAAAUCUGGCGGAAUGGGUGUUGCAGAAAAGCCCAUUCGUUUUUGCGCCUGUGUAUUAUAGUCAAAGGCAGGCAAGCGAUGGAGCACAUUUCCUCGUAUGCGCGUACAGUCCUUGCCAAAAGUAUCUAGGCCAGAGCGCGAUACCGACAAGAGCUAUCACCCGGGCCAGUAGCAGGCAUCUCGAGGCAAUCUUUGCAUUUCGGAGUGUUCACGUCAGCGGGCUCUGUCUUUCUAAAUCUCCGUGGCCUUGAAUAAUGCCUGUGUGGCUCAGUAUUUUUAUUUUAUUUGUAAAAUACCUUACAAGGCCCCUACAUGGGGAUUGAGUAAGGGGGGCAUACAAUCAAGUACAUACAAUCUAGUGACAACAAUAAUAAAAGAAAACAGCAGCCAAGUACACAGCCUAAAAGUCAGUCCAGUAGCUCAGGGACCGCAUUUUGAUGCUGGUAGAAUGCAAAGAGGCGUCAGUGCAGAUUUCAGUCUGUUAUCAGGAAGCCUAGAUGGAUAAAAUUAUCCCCAAACCCUAGGUUUCGGCCUAUCUCAAGCCCCGGUUACAGUUUUGGGAAGCGAAACCCGAUCAAUUUUCAUGUGCAACUUUUAAGGAACGGCAGGCUGCACAGCGACACGGCGCAGUGAGAGCUCCGGCGGCUCGCACGGUGGCCUCGAAACUUUUGGCACGAUCUGAGCGAAGAACAUACGGCGUUGGCUCGCGUCCUCGCUUUGCAUGCCCAUGUUGUAAGAUAUAUGCCUCCAUCGUUUUUCAUCCACUGUGUGUUUCGGUGUCACGAUCGUUGUCAUGCGUGUGUGUUUGUGUGUGCUCGCAAAAGUCAAGCUGCGCCCAUGUGCCGGUGCGUGUGUUUCGCGCACCUGUGCGAAAUCGGGUUGUCGAGCCUCGGGCGGCGGACCACCGUGUGUGUACGUCACAGCCGUCGACCGCGCCUUGGGACCACAAACAGAGCGGACGUACUUCGACGCACCAGUCAUGCCUCGAGAGAAGAAAGCAAGAGGAGAGAGACACUGCGCGCGCUUGGUCACGUGAUAGACCGCUCGGCCGUGCGCAUCUACACGCAUGCGCAGAAGCGGGACAACAUUAUCUGUGUGUGUCUGUGUGUGUCUGUGCCUACCAGUGGAAGAAACAGCUGUUGUCGUGAACGGCGCGCAGGCAACGACGGAUGACUGUGAGUGACCGGGUCGUGAAUUGACGUGAACUGACGAAGUGUAUAGAGGACGCUGUACAUGAACAUGCAUGCUUGUGCGCUCUAUGCGGACGUGUCUGUGUACGUGAUAUGUGCGUGUGCGCGUGUGUCUGUGUACAUUUUGAGCUCUCUAUUUUAUUACGGCGUCGAGAACACCUCUUCUAUCUACAUCUUCUCCCUGGCCCGAAGCCUUUCACCCUCCGGUCGACAUCCCGCCGAGAAGAAAAAUCCCACGUGAUAGAGCAUGCAAUGCACUCGUCGUCUAUUUUUGCAAUGAACUUGGACAAAACCGUAGGACGUGAAAGUGAAUGCAGCAUUAAAUGAGAGAAAGAGAAAAAAAAGACGAGUUGCGAAAACCAAA